AUGUCGCUUUCUGCCGUCAAGUUUAGUCCGGACGGAAAGAUGCUUGCGAGCGCUGCCGCGGAUGGUUUAAUAAAGAUUUGGUCUUCAUAUAACGGCAAUCUCAUUCGUACAUUGGAGGGUCACCAGGAAGGCCUAUCUGACGUUGCUUGGUCUGGUGACAGUCGUUAUGUGGCGAGCGCGAGCGACGAUAAAACUGUGCGAAUUUUCACCCUGGAAACGGGAGAGACAUCCAGAGUGCUUAGAGGACACACAAAUUAUGUUUUUUGUGUCAAUUACAAUCCUUCCUCCAAUCUGAUCGUCUCUGGAAGCUACGAUGAGAGUGUUAAACUGUGGGACGUCUCCCGAGGAAGAUGUAUGAAGACCUUGUCGGCCCAUUCUGAUCCUGUCAUGGCAGCAGGAUUUAAUCGCGACGGUACUAUGAUUGUCUCGUGCAGUAUAGAUGGUCUCAUUCGUAUCUGGGAUACUGCAAGUGGCCAAUGCCUGAAAACUCUGGUAGACGAAGCAAACCCGGUAGCCGGGCACGUAAAGUUUUCACCCAACGGAAAAUUCAUAUUAUGUUGCACACAAGAUUCUACGAUCAGGCUUUGGAACUACCAUAACGCGCGGUGCCUCAAGACAUAUACAGGCCAUCGCAACGAGAAAUACAGCAUAAAUGCGUGCUUUAGUGUGACCGGCGGGAAAUGGAUUAUCAGUGGUAGUGAGGAUGGCAAGGUAUAUAUCUGGGACCUACAAACUCGGGAGAUUGUUCAGGUACUAGAAGGACAUCAAGACACUGUGUUAGCAGUUGCGACCCACCCUACUCAAAAUAUCAUUGCAUCCGCGUCCAUUGACCGGGAUUGA